CACAGUUUGUACGGAAAUCGUUACAGGUCUUUUGAAAUUUUGAAAUUUCUCAUUACUUUAGUUCGUACAUCAAUUUCUUUCGUUAUCAAAUAAUAAAUGGAAGAUCGUCACAACUUUUCUUCGAACCAACUGAGUACUGCAGUCAUUCUUCCGGAUGUGGUUUCAUGGCAGCUUACAGAACGUACUGACAGCUGGUUUAGCAUUCUUUGGCAUGAAGGCCAUAAUAUAGAUAGACUGGUUCGACGAGAGAGUAAUUUAUUUCGACCGAUCGCUACUUUGCCGCCGAAACAAUCAAAACUUAUGCAUAUAAAUUUUCGGAGCCUCCCAGAUCCUAUUGUUGCAGAUCUGCGUAAUGCCUGUCAAAUGUUGACUGAAAAAGAAAGUGUGCAUACUCGACCAGUAAUACAUUACAAUGGUCACUCUUUAGGACAUCAUCUCCAACCAGUUGCAGGAUUCUGGUUGAAUGAUGACCAAUACUCAGGAAAUGUGGUGGUAAGCGUUCAGGAAGUUCAAAACUGGCUGGGAAGGGCAGCAAUUUAUAUUUACGAUUGUGACUCAGCGGGUAGAUUUUUGAAAUACGUUCAAGCAGCCGAACAAAAUUUCCAUCUUGCUGGUUGUAUGUCAGAUGAAAAACUGCCGGAUGAGCGGAAAGAUUUGUUCAGUUCUGUGCUCUCGUCUCCAGUAGAAACGGCAUUUGAAUGGCACUGUGGAAAUGUCCUCGCGACAAAGCAGCAACAGUUUCCAACUAAACUUCCGGGAAUUCCAGGCAAUAGAGAGACAUUGCUUGGUCAGCUGGACUGGCUAUUAACCAUGAUAACGGAUGCCAUUGCCUAUAAUUUACUACCAACCGAACAGUUCCAAAAAUUGUUCCGGGAAUGUUUGUUAGCCGGGGCAUUGUGGCGAAGGUUUAUGCUAGCACAGCGUGUUUCGAAGAAGUAUGGUUGUACUCCAAUUUCACAUCCACCGCUUCCAGAUUGUAGCGAUAAUAUUUUAUGGAAACUUUGGGAUCAGACCAUGGAUCUUACGCUGGUACUGCUUUCAUCCGAAAAUGUAUUAAAAUACCCCCUGAUAGACAAUUUUUUUAUGUCCGUGCUAAAGCAGUCAGGCAUGGAAUAUCUCUUUCUGAUCAUACAAGCACUUACCUUCUCCGAGCAGCAAUUGGUUGCACUGGAUGUUUUACACCGUUACUGGCAAAAUUCGAUUGAUGAUAUGCCUAUACAAAUAUAUAUAUUACGAGAGAUUAUCAAAUUUCUGAACUCUGAAAACGAUGAAUUGUUUAACAAGACCCUAAACGUGCUAAUAGAAAUUUUUCACGAGAAUAGAUCUUUGACAUGUCAUUUGGAAUCCAUCGCCGAAAUAAAUUUGUGCAAAAAAUUAAAUUCGGGAUCGGAAGAUAGUCAUAUUCUGCGAGUACUGUUUUUGCAACUACUCAUCGAACAAAACUCGCACUUUGUAUGUUCUGAGGAAAAGGAAUCCCUUCUCAAACAGUGCGUUGAAUUUUUAAAUCACUCAAUCCCGGAAAUUCGUGUGCUGUCUGCAUUAUUAGUAGCUUGCUUGUCAAAAAUAGUUUGCCAUGAACAUCGAACUGUGAUCGAAAAGCUUUUAGUGGAUCCAAUUCCGAAAGUAAGAGCAGCCGCAUUAGAAACUUGGGUUUCAUUAAGCAACGAUUCAAAGAAUAGUGACGACCUCAUUAAUAAAAUGCUUUCGAUGUUUCAAACUGAUUGCAGUUUGAUUUUUCGCAACGAAUUACUUUACACGUUGAACACAAUCGUUGUUGAACGUAUGCAAGAACUAAUCACGUUUUUAAAACAGCAACACAAGUCGUCGGGUAAAAACUUAAAGGUCAAGAGCAAACCCAAGUCCAAAAAUUCAGCCCGUCAAAAUAAAUCAUAUUCAAAUGCUGUGAUGGGGAAAGUAUGGCAUGUUAUGAACAAUGUCAUUACUCAUCCGCAUUCGGACGUGGCUGGCACUACGCAACUGUUGGUAUCUUUUGUUAACCAGAAAAUAUCCGAAGCUGAUAUAAGUGGAAAUAAAACCACUAAGAAUGCAUCGUCUAUUCGGGAGUUGAAGUUGCUUAUACCGAAAAGAGAGCCAUUUAUCGGACAAUAUACAACAAAUUUGAUUGAAGAAUCUCUGACGAUGAACAUUACCAGAAACCGUUUGGAUUCCAAUGAGUAUAGUCGAGAUGACACGAAAAGCAUCGAAAUAGAGAACGACUCAAAUGAGACAAAGCAAGAGAAUGGCGAUCGUUCAAUUGAUGAGGCUCAUGAACAGAAUCAGUCACACUUGCUAAUUAAUCAUCAGAAGAAAACUUUUCAAACUUUUCGUACACCAGAACUAAUGUGUUUUGGGUUGAAUCAAGAAGUGGCUGUGGCAUGCAAGGACCGUGUAGUGAUGUAUGACUAUUUAAAGGACAAUUAUGAGCAGUUUAAGUCAACAGGUGUCGGAAAGUCAUAUGCAGCGGUAACAUCACUCGUCUACUACAAUCCGGCAAUUCACACCGAUCAACUUCUGAUAGGACAUGGUAAUGGUGUUGUGCGACUCUGGCAGUCGAACCUCAUCAAUAAUUCUUGGCAAGGACUACAUGACUGUGUGAACCAAACACCGCCAUCAACACUACCCACAAGUCUGCUAAUGAGUAUAUGCGAGCAAACACUAUUCACCGCUGGUGAUGCUAAACAUUUUCGCAGUUGGAAUCUAGAAACUGAGCUUCUGAUUGGAACUACAGCAACAGGAACGGAUGAGCCUGUAACUGCAAUUGAAUGUCAGAGCCAUCACAUUGUUGCGACAGGCUAUUCAUCCGGAAAAAUUCGGCUUUUUGACUUGCGAACUAACAAUAGAACAGUAGGUAAGGGUUCGUUGAUGCCUCACUCGGUGCGAACAAUUAGCUUUCAGAACGAUCAUAUCACCAUCGUAAGUGUUGGUGCUUCUGGAUUGGUACACGUGAUGGACAUGAGGAAGUUGACUGUUCCCUUACACCAUUGGUCAUUCGAUGGCAACCUAUCCGACGUAGCUAUCCACGAUCGAUUGCAAUUAGUGGCAGCUGCUGGAGAUUCGAUCGACGUUCGAACUAUCUAUGGUGAUGAGAUAUACAAGAUCGACACAAAAUGUCAUACAAAAUAUGCUACAGAAGAAAUCAAAAAACGACUUCCUUUGUGUGUUGUCUUCCACAAGAACGAAGCGUUAUUAUGUGCUGGGUAUAACGAUAAUACAGCGGUAUUAUACUGUAAUUGAUCGGAAUAUAAACAGUGAAGACCUGGAUUUAUUCGGGUUCAAUCCAAUGUGUG